UCAGUAGUAAUUUUGAUAUUGAGCUGAACAGUCGUAGCAGUUGAAUUGCUAAUAAUGGGUGAAUGGGUGCACUCGUCAGUUAAUUCUCCUUUACCCCCUAACGCCUUUCUUGCUGGAAGGGAUAGUGAUGGAUCAGAUAUGUAUGUGGGUCGUAUUGUUUAUGAGGGUGAAAUAGUGCCCGCCAAGUUAAUUCCCCGCAGAAGGGAGGCCUAUAUGACCUGGGAGGGAGUUGAAUAUCUGAUUCAACGCUUCGAGGUGCUGGUUGGUCAAGACUAUGAUUGGAUUGCAAGCGGUGAUGGUCUAGUUCCACAUAAUGCAAUUUCCACCGGUAGAGAUAGUAGAGGGCAACCUAUUUAUGUUGGCCGUGCUGUCUAUAAAGAUACGGUUACUGUGGGAAAAGUGCAACCAUUGCGUGGCUGCCUACUUUUGGGAUACAACGGCGAUGAGAUUGACAUUCAGGCAUAUGAGGUGCUGGUGAGCACUUAAAAUAGAAUAAUAUUCUUGUAAAUCACAUUAACUAAGUGCAGAAAUUUACUCAUUCCAUUUAAUAUACACAUAUGUAAAUAUAUAAUCAAGUGUAUCACAGAAAUCGAUAACAACCAAAAACCAACCCUAAAGCAAAUGUUAUUGUGUCAGAAAUGUAGUUUGUCAGUUUUAAAAUCUGUCAGCUUUCCCUCCAACAUUCGGAUAAUAUUGCAGUUGCUGCAAAAUUGAUAUAAAAGGAAACAUUGCUAAAAUAAACUUUGAUAAAUUUUGCAUAGAUCUGCAUUGAAACGAA